AUGCAAAGUUCCGAGUCUUUUCACUCUAAAAUUCAAGUCAUUGAAAUUCCUUCUUCAUCAUCAUCUCAACAAAAGAAAUACCUCAUUCCUAAUACAUCGGGAUUUGAUGGAAUAAAUUCAAACAAUCAAUUGCUACUUUCUGAUGAUGUUUCUCAACAAACCAAGCAAGCCUUUUAUAACAUUGUGAAGGCUUUCCAACACAAAAUUCCCAAUUUUACCAUUUCAUGGAUUGAGCACGUGAGUGUAACGAUUCGGAACGAGGAAGAUUACUCGAAAUGUUUAUCCAUCUUGAUGAAAGAAUUUAAUUAUCAUUUACCAUCUUGUAAAUUGCAAACCUCUUUUGAAGGAGGAUUACAAGAUCAAGUGUUAGUUCAAUUACAAGCUGUAUGUUCAGUGCCGUCAUCAUCAUCAUCACUCUCUGAUUCAGAAAAGAAUGAAUUAAUUUCAAACACCGAAUCCGACACAACAAGAAUCACUCGUUUUCAUGUUGGUAAUCGUUAUAGUGAAAGUGCUGUCUAUGGCAACGUUCUCUACAUUAGUGGACAAGUUCCCGAUGAUGAUGGAAAGAAGGAUAUUGAAGGUCAAACUGAGGAAGUACUUGCAGCAUUGGAUCAACGAUUGAAGGAAGCAGGAACCGAUAAGACCAAACUAUUGAUGGUUCAAAUCUUUCUUGCGUCCAUGUCUGAUUUUGAUGGCAUGAAUAAGGUGUGGGAUCAGUGGGUUCCUAAAGGUCAUGCACCACCACGAGCAACUGUGGAGGCCAAAUUAGCACGCUCAUAUUGGAGAAUUGAAAUUGUUGCCACUGCAGCGUUGUAA